AUGAACAAGUCAGUGAAAGAGCAAAAACUGAUUCAGGUCUUCAGGCUCCAAGUUCAGCACUACCAAGUGAUCUUCAUGCUCCCAGCCUUUUGCAUUCUUAAUUGGAUGCAGUGUACCCAGCACUGCCAUCUCACUACCUCUCUGCUUAUCUGUUUUCACACAGGCAACUAUGGAGAGAGUGGGAUGGAAGCUUUCAAAGAUAUGUCAGCCAAAGAAGGAAUUUGCAUCGCUCACUCUUACAAAAUCUAUAGCAACGCAGGGGAACAGAGCUUUGAUAAGCUGCUGAAGAAGCUCAGGAGUCACUUGCCCAAGGCCCGGGUAGUGGCCUGCUUCUGUGAGGGCAUGACGGUGAGAGGUCUGCUGAUGGCCAUGAGGCGCCUGGGUCUAGCAGGCGAAUUUCUGCUUCUGGGCAGUGAUGGCUGGGCGGACAGGUAUGAUGUGACAGAUGGAUAUCAGCGAGAAGCUGUUGGUGGAAUCACAAUCAAGCUCCAAUCUCCCGAUGUCAAGUGGUUUGAUGAUUAUUAUCUGAAGCUCCGGCCAGAAACAAACCUUCGAAACCCUUGGUUUCAAGAAUUUUGGCAGCAUCGUUUUCAGUGCCGGCUGGAAGGGUUUGCACAGGAGAACAGCAAAUACAACAAAACUUGCAAUAGUUCUCUGACUCUGAGAACACAUCACGUUCAAGAUUCCAAAAUGGGAUUUGUGAUUAAUGCAAUCUAUUCCAUGGCCUAUGGACUCCACAACAUGCAGAUGUCCCUCUGUCCAGGCUAUGCGGGCCUUUGUGAUGCAAUGAAGCCAAUUGACGGACGGAAACUUUUGGAUUCCCUGAUGAAAACCAAUUUUACUGGAGUUUCUGGAGAUAUGAUCCUAUUUGAUGAGAAUGGAGACUCUCCAGGAAGGUAUGAAAUAAUGAAUUUCAAGGAAAUGGGAAAAGAUUAUUUUGAUUAUAUCAAUGUUGGAAGCUGGGACAAUGGAGAAUUAAAAAUGGAUGAUGAUGAAGUAUGGUCCAAGAAAAACAACAUCAUCAGAUCUGUGUGCAGUGAACCAUGUGAGAAAGGCCAGAUAAAGGUGAUCCGGAAGGGAGAAGUCAGCUGUUGUUGGACCUGUACACCCUGUAAAGAGAAUGAGUAUGUCUUUGAUGAGUACACCUGCAAGGCGUGUCAGCUGGGGUCGUGGCCCACUGAUGACCUGACAGGUUGUGACUUGAUCCCAGUGCAGUAUCUCCGCUGGGGUGACCCUGAGCCCAUUGCAGCUGUGGUGUUUGCCUGCCUCGGCCUGCUGGCCACCCUGUUUGUCACUGCAGUCUUCAUCAUUUACCGUGAUACACCAGUAGUCAAGUCCUCCAGCAGGGAACUCUGCUAUAUCAUUCUUGCUGGCAUCUGCCUGGGUUACUUAUGUACCUUCUGCCUCAUUGCAAAGCCCAAACAGAUUUAUUGCUACCUUCAGAGAAUUGGUAUUGGUCUUUCCCCAGCCAUGAGCUACUCAGCCCUCGUGACCAAGACCAAUCGUAUUGCAAGGAUCCUGGCCGGCAGCAAGAAGAAGAUCUGUACCAAAAAGCCCAGAUUCAUGAGUGCCUGUGCCCAGCUGGUGAUUGCUUUCAUUCUUAUAUGCAUUCAGUUGGGCAUCAUCGUUGCCCUCUUUAUAAUGGAGCCUCCUGAUAUAAUGCACGACUACCCAAGCAUUCGAGAAGUCUACCUGAUCUGUAAUACCACCAACCUAGGUGUUGUCACUCCUCUUGGAUACAAUGGCUUGCUGAUUUUGAGCUGUACCUUCUAUGCUUUCAAGACCAGAAAUGUUCCAGCUAACUUCAACGAAGCCAAGUAUAUUGCCUUCACAAUGUACACCACCUGCAUUAUAUGGCUGGCCUUUGUGCCAAUCUACUUUGGCAGCAACUACAAAAUCAUCACCAUGUGUUUCUCAGUCAGUCUCAGUGCCACAGUGGCACUGGGCUGCAUGUUUGUGCCGAAGGUGUACAUCAUCCUGGCCAAACCAGAGAGAAAUGUGCGCAGCGCCUUCACCACAUCUACCGUGGUGCGCAUGCAUGUGGGGGAUGGCAAGUCAUCCUCAGCAACGAGCAGAUCCAGCAGCCUGGUCAACCUGUGGAAGAGGAGGGGCUCCUCUGGGGAAACCCUAAGGUACAAAGACAGGAGACUGGCCCAGCACAAGUCGGAAAUAGAGUGUUUCACCCCCAAAGGGAGUGUGGGGAAUGGUGGGAGAGCAACAAUGAGCAGCUCCAACGGAAAAUCCGUCACGUGGGCCCAGAACGAGAAGAGCAGCCGGGGGCAGCACCUGUGGCAGCGGCUGUCCAUCCACAUCAACAAGAAGGAAAACCCCAACCAAACGGCCGUCAUCAAGCCCUUCCCCAAGAGCACGGAGAGCCGCGGCCUGGGCGCGGGCGGCGGCGCUGGGGCCGCGGGCGGCGCGGGCGGCGGCCCCGGCGGGCCGGAGCCCCCGGACGCCGGCCCCAAGGCGCUGUACGACGUGGCGGAGGCCGAGGAGCACUAUCCGGCGCCUGCGCGCCCGCGCUCGCCAUCGCCCAUCAGCACGCUGAGCCAGCGCGCGGGCUCGGCCAGCCGCACGGACGACGACGUGCCGUCGCUGCACUCGGAGCCCGCGGCGCGCAGCAGCUCCUCGCAAGGCUCGCUCAUGGAGCAGAUCAGCAGCGUGGUGACCCGCUUCACGGCCAACAUCAGCGAGCUCAAUUCCAUGAUGCUGUCCACCUCGGCGCCUGGGGCCGGCGUGGGCGCCCCGCUCUGCUCGUCCUACUUGAUCCCCAAAGAGAUCCAGCUGCCCACGACCAUGACGACGUUCGCCGAAAUCCAGCCGCUGCCCGCCAUCGAGGUCACCGGCGGCGCGCAGCCCGCGUUGGCGGCGGCGACGGCCCCGCCGGCAGGGGGCGCUGCCCGGGAGACCCCGGCGGCGGCCGGGCCAGAGGCUGCGACCGGCAAGCCGGACCUGGAAGAGUUGGUGGCUCUCACCCCGCCGUCCCCCUUUAGAGACUCGGUGGACUCGGGGAGUACGACCCCCAACUCGCCAGUGUCGGAGUCGGCCCUCUGUAUCCCCUCGUCUCCCAAAUAUGACACACUUAUCAUAAGAGAUUACACUCAGAGCUCCUCGUCGUUGUGA